GUGGGUGACACAACACAACCUAACCUACAAAACCCUUUUAAAUAUUCUUUAUUUAAAUAUUUCACCAGCUGUACAAUGAAAAACGAAGUUUAUUUAUUAACAUACUCAUCGAAAGAAGAGUUUAACCAAACAGGAACAAUAAAAAUCCCAAUGGAGUCUCUUAUAACUUAUUGUGUGCAUAAAUAUUGUCAGUCUGAAGAAGUAAAGCUGAAAUUUGUUCACACAGCUAAUAAUGUGGAUAAAGCACUAUUAAACCUAAAUUGUGAAUGUAUAGAAUUCAUUGAUUAUUGUGAGAUUCCGUGGCAAGUCUCAUCAUGUGUGUAUCCUACUGUUUUCUACAACAGUACAAUCAUUACAGGAUUGUGUGCCGUUUCACGUCAUAUUUGUAGAUAUAGAUCAUCUCCACAGUCCCCUCAAGAGGCCGAAGAAGGUUUACUUGGUUUCAGGAAAGGAUGCCUUCAAGCCCCUAACGAAGUAUCUAUUUGGACCAAAUUCUGCGAAAUUGAUCUAUUAAACUCAGUUAAAGACCUACUCCUUGGAGAAAGAAAUGUAAAAGUACCCAAAAGUUUAGUUAAAUUUGAAAAUCAUUUGAAAAAACCUGUUAGAAUACAUAACGUGUAUAAAAUAGCCAGGGAGUUAAAGAAGGAAACAAUCACUUCAAUUAAUAAAGAUACUUUAAUCAACAUUGUAAGUAAGGAUAGUAAUUCAUUAAAUGACCAAAGGAUGCCUAAAAAUAGGAAAUGGAAAUCAAAUGUUAAAAAAGAACUUGAAGUAGAUUGUUGUGUUAAAAUUGAAGACCUUAAUGUUACACAUAAAUUUGCUGAAGGCCCAUUUUUUACUCUCGCUGACUUAGUAUUAUUUGCUCCAUAUAAUAUAGUAAUGAAAAGUUUUGGGGAGAACGUAAUUGAAUCUCUAUUACCUCUAACAUUUAAAUGGUUUUCAAACACAAAAAGUAUGAAAGAACUUGGAAAUGUAAACUAUCUUUUCCAGACAAUAGAUGUUAAGCCACUGUCAAUUGAAAAUAUGGAAUUACCACAUACAGAAGAUGUCAGUCUUUAUAAAUCAGAUCCUAAACGACUCAAUCCUAAAAAGAGGUUAUUUACCAAACCUGAAGAUAUAGAAAAUGCUCUAAAUGUGUUAGAAGAAGGAAUGGAAUUAGGUUUAAGUAAUUUCAGUAUAGAUAAAAGUUUUGAUUGGAAUGUAAUUCCAGAUGGAGCCAACCCAGCUGCUGGCCACUUACCAGAUGAGAGGGUAAUUAGAAAGUCCAAACAGUUAGAAAACUUGUGUCUAGCUGUUUUAUCCAUGGCAAAGGAAGGAGAUCAUAUUGUUGACUUCUGUUGUGGUUCUGGACAUUUAGGAAUCCUUAUCGCAUACCUACUUCCAAAAUGCACAGUUAUAUUACUAGAGAAUAAGGAGCAAUCUCUUUCAAGAGGUAAAGAAAGAGUGCAACAAAUGGGUCUUCAAAAUGUUUACUUUUUCCAAUGCAAUUUAGAUUUCUUUAUAGGAAAAUUUGAUAUAGGAAUAGCUUUACAUGCAUGUGGGAUUGCUAGUGAUUUGGUAUUGGACAAAUGUUUGGAAGCGAACGCAAAAUUUGUUAUAUGCCCAUGUUGCUAUGGUUCUUUACAUGCAACAGAUAGACUUGUUUACCCGAGGAGUUCUGUGUUUAAGAAUUUGAGUAUUGAUCAGUAUUUGUGUAUUGGCCACACGGCUGAUCAAACUCAUCAAGAACAUCCAUUGUCAGUCAGAGGCGCAAGAUGUAUGGCAAUAAUAGAUUCUGAUCGUGCCAGAUUAGCCCAAAAGUUUGGCUACAAAGUGACGUUAUCAAGGUUAAAGCCUUUAUCAUGUACUCCUAAGAACAAUUUACUUAUAGGUGUACCCUCUUAAUAAAACACAUUUUACAUACAAAACGAUGUUUUAAUAAAAAUAAAUGUAUUUAAUAUUAAAAUAAUAAAUUUUUUGUACUUCUU